UAAUAAAAUAAAUUCAAGUGAUUUAAUUAAUUAAUAAUAAUUAAAAUAAUAAUCGACUUACUAUUCGAACACCAUGUAGAGCAUCCCUUCGGAACUUUUGCUUGGAGAGUUAAAAAGUCUUAACUUAACAGUUAGUAAAAAUGUUUGGCCUUAUUUUGCUUAUGCUCUUACGUUCUACUUUAACAAGUACACGUACUAUCAAUGCUCUGGAUUCGUGUUCAAUUAAUAUUAAUUACAAGUAUGGAGAUUUCGCUAAACCACAGCCGCUGAUUUUGACUAGAAAUAAUUCAACCAGUUUUUUGUAUCCGCAACGUAAAGAUCAGCUGGAUGUUUUUACGAUGGAUAAAAUUAUUUUGGCGUGUCCAGGUAAAAAUAAUUAUCUCAAGGGCAUAGAUAAUACUACCAGCAAAUCGUCAAUAGAACUAACAUGCAUUCAUAAAAAAUAUUUUUUUAAUUUCUCAGAAUUUAAUUUUAAAAAUAUUUCAUGUAAUUAUUUUCCCAAUCACGUGGCGCGUAAAACGGAAUCUAAUUGUUAUAACAACAAUACUCAUAUAGAAAUAGGAUUUCUCAUAACAGACGUAAAUAAUAACGAUGAAUUUUUGCGUACAUUCGAGCUGUGUUUCAAUGAUACUCGACACUGGACUUAUUUCACUCACUACAAGCUGACAAAUAAAAUCGGCAACUUCCAAUCGGGAUUCCCGCGACCGCGACAGUGGACCAGCAGCAAUUUUUCAUCAAAUUACAACCUAGAGAAAUUAUACAAAGUGUCAACACAAGUCGCAAGCUUUGAAUUAUUAUUGGGCUCAAAAAAAUUAGCCAGCAAAUUUGUCGCAGUAAAUUCGACCCGAUUUUUAUCAAAGGGCCACAUGGUAGCAAAGGGUGACUUUGUCUACGGGAAUGAGCAGCGUUCGACCUUUUGGUACCUCAAUGCUGCUCCUCAGUGGCAGAGUUUCAAUGGCGGAAAUUGGAACAUUUUGGAAAAAAAUAUCAGGACAUUUGCUAGCAAACGCGGACUUAAUCUUGAAAUUUACACUGGAGUACACGAUCAGAUGAAAAUUGUUAUAGAGGAAGUUGAUAAGAAUGAAGUGCCGGUUUUUUUAUUUGUCAAUGAGACUGCCCGAGUGCUGGAAGUUCCCAGAUUUUAUUGGAAAAUAAUUUACCAGCCGGAAAUUAGAAAAGGAACAGCUUUCGUUGGUUUAAAUGAUCCUUACAGAAAAUCCGUUACCCAGGAUAUGUUUAUUUGCAGAGACGUCUCUGAGGAUAUGGACAUAAAAUGGCUCAAGUGGAAUAAAAAAUCUUUGACCAAGGGUAUUUCUUACGUGUGCGACGUCAAUGAAUUGAGAAAAGUUGUAGCUUCGAUACCUGAAUUUCCUAUCGAGGGAAUUUUAGUAUAAUCAUUCUUUUUAUUUAAUUUCUUAUCAAGACUAUUAAUUAAUUUUUAAUAAAAAUAUGGUAAUUUUUAA